UCAAAACACCACCUUUCAAGGAAACAAAAAUGGGUCUUCUUCCUUUUGGCUUUCUUCUUCUGGGAUUUGUCUCCUUUGUUCAUGGACAUGGCUACGGGGGCUGGAAUAAUGCUCAUGCAACUUUCUAUGGCGGUAGCGAUGCUUCAGGAACUAUGGGAGGGGCAUGUGGGUACGGAAAUCUGUACAGUCAAGGAUAUGGAACAAACACAGCAGCUGUGAGCAGUGCUUUGUUUGACAAUGGACUAAGCUGUGGUGCAUGUUAUCAGAUUAGAUGUGUGAAUGACCCACAAUGGUGUCUCCCCGGCACUGUUGUGGUCACUGCCACUAAUUUUUGCCCACCAGGUGGCUGGUGUGACCCUCCCAACCUCCAUUUUGAUCUUUCCCAACCUGUUUUCCAACACAUUGCUCAGUACAAAGCCGGCAUUGUUCCUGUCAGUUACAGAAGGGUGAGGUGUAGGAGAAGAGGAGGAAUAAGAUUUACCAUCAAUGGGCAUUCAUACUUCAAUUUAGUGCUGGUUACAAACGUUGGAGGAGCUGGAGAUGUGCAUGCAGUGGCAAUCAAGGGGUCAAGGAUUAGAUGGCAAGCCAUGUCCAGAAACUGGGGCCAAAACUGGCAGAGCAAUUCUUACCUCACUGAUUUGCACGUCGAUUGAUUUUUCCAAGGCUAAAAUUCCAUAGGAUGAAAGUAUUAUUAGUUUGGUACAAGGUAAUAGAGUAAUGAGAGAAGCAAUUAAAAUAUUGUUGAGGUGAACAACAUAUGGGACGCCUCAAGAGUGGCUCUGUUUGGCGGAGAAUGGUUUCAUGUACUGCUAGGAUUAUUAGGUACAGCUUGUGAUAAUGAUUUCAUGUACUAUAAGGUACAACUUGUGAGAAUGAUAAGUCGUUUGUAAGAAUCCCACUUGAGGGAGCAAGUGGGGUUCUCCUUACUUUAAUUUGAUUGUAAUAUAUUGUUGAGUAUGCUUUUAAUGUUGUUGGGCUUCAAUUAUUUCUGAAUAAGAGACAUCAUGAUAAU